AAGUCAUAUUACUAAUCUCGCCCACGAACUUGCAGGUUGCACACAAGAUGCACCUCGAGGACUACCACGUGAACAGGAGCGAGGAGGAUGUGCAAAGGGCAGUUUCGAAGAACAUAAAACAAGAGGACUUUAACUCUCUUCACCUGACGCCUAUCACUUCCAUAAACGCCAGCAGUCAGCAACCCUGUUGGGUCACAUCUCACGCUGACAGUAUAUCAUCUCCAAUUCUAGCCAGCAAUUCCAGCCCUAGGGAGUACACAGACUGGGAACAGCUCACAACGGUCUUUCAGUAUCCCUGUCAACCAUACUCGACUACAGACAGGUCUCCAAGCACUGGUAGCGAAGCUACCACGCCAACCUGGAACAAUGUCAUCCGUAGUGAAAUGUCGGACUGUCCCAGUGGACAAAGGUUACCUUCCGUUGGUUCUGCCUUUUCGUUCUCAAGAACCUUCUGCAACACUAUUUAUCCGGAGUACCAGAGCUACCAGGACUAUCAAGAGUACCAGGAUGACGUGUCAGUGUCUUUGCCACUUAUUCUUCACAAUCAAACAGAGGACCAGACAUUCAAUGGGUCUAUGCAGGCUGCCACGGAUGAGUUUGAUCUUAGUUUAAUUAGAGGUGAUCCUACGUCGCUGCUGUGCAAUGUGGAAUCACCUUCCUCGCCGUCAUCUACGUAUUUGGAGGAGCUUCAAGAUCCAUUUUCUAAUUUGAGUGGAUCCUGUUACGCGGUUGGGCAUUUGGUCUCUGGACAACAGUCAUCAGUGUCCACGAUGAACUUCGUUAACGACACUGGCUUGAGUGAUGGGUUUGGGAAUCAGGUUGUCUUGCCCAGAAACGAGGGGUUGUUGUUGACCGAUAGAAGGGUGCCUGUGUCCAAGCCUACAGGGGACACGGAGAAACGGAGUAAAUCAUAUGACUGUUCAACGACGGACGACAACUUGACGUCGACGUAUCAGUGCCGAUGGAUAGAUUGUGGCUGCGCCUUCGCCGAGCAGGAGGGUCUGGUUCGCCAUAUCGAAAGAAGGCAUGUCGAAUCCUCUUCGUCGAACGCUCAUGGACACGGAAGGCGGGUUCAAAGGGAUAGAGACAAGGACAAAGACAAAGAGGGAGAGUCUUACGCGGGUUCAGGAAGCGGACAAGACGAAUUCGCUUGUCUCUGGCAAGGGUGUCCGCGAGCUCGGCCAUUCAACGCGAGAUAUAAACUGUUGAUCCAUAUGAGGGUUCAUAGCGGAGAGAAACCCAAUAAGUGUCCGUUCACUGGAUGCAAGAAGGCAUUUUCACGACUGGAGAACCUGAAGAUUCAUCAGAGAUCUCACACAGGGGAAAGACCAUACGCCUGUCAGCAUCGUGGCUGCACCAAAGCCUUUAGCAACAGCAGUGAUCGUGCAAAACACCAAAGAACUCACUAUGACACGAAACCAUAUGCGUGUCAAGUGAGCGGAUGCGGGAAGAGGUACACAGACCCAUCUAGUCUGAGGAAACACGUGAAGAAUCACACGGAGCCAACGACACCACUGUCUAACCUGUCGCUGACCUCAGACACCAAGGCACCAGGUAGCAUUGCUAAUAGUUCGAGUAAUUCGCGGCACGAUCCGAUUUCCACGAGCUCAAAGCAUCAGCAACAGCAACAACAGGCACAAACGGCGAUCGGCUACCAAGCGGAAUCGAAUUAUCGAACGUAUAAGACUUCGGAGUCUUACGCGGACGAGGACGCGGAUCUGUUCCAAACGAAUCUGUGUCAGAUCGAUAGGAUUUCCAUGAACCUUGACAGCAAUCAAGAGUACGUCCCGAUUGAGUCUGUGAAACGCUUUCUCAUAGACGACGUCAGCGGAUCACACGUGGAUGGUACAGGGUACCAGGUCGAGGAUGAGGUUCCUGACUUCCAAGAGCUCGGAUCGGAUAUUGAACAGCAGUUUCUUGAACUGAGCAGCCUGGAUGAUGCGGUAUUCAUCGAUGGUUAA